ACACAGAGAAAGAAAAGAAGAAGAAGGUAGAGAAGACAAAAUGGAGAUCUUAUCACAGAUGUGGUCGUUCUUAGGACUUCUCACAGUUCUCCAAAACGUGUUACCCUCACAGCUCCUUUCACUUCUUCACUCCUUCUACGAAUCCCUUCAAGACUUCUUCAGUCCUUACUCUUACUUUGAAAUCCCAGAGUUUAAUGGCUACUGUGGUGUCGACGUUAACGAACUCUACCGUCACGUUAACCUCUACCUCAACUCUAUUGACUCUUCCGCCACCUGUCGCCGCCUCACACUUACCCGCUCCAAAACCUCCACCCGCAUUUCCUACACUGUCGCACCCAAUCACACCGUCCACGACUCCUUCAACGGUCACCGUCUCUCCUGGACCCACCACAUCGACACCGUCCAGGAUUCCCUAGAAGAGAAGCGUAGCUUCACUCUCAAGCUCCCCAAACGUCACCGGCAGUCCCUCCUCUCGUCCUACCUUGAAUUCGUCUCCGCUCGUGCUGAGGAGUUCGAGCGUGUCUCACGAGAACGUAGGCUCUACACCAACAACGGCCACGGGUCGUAUGAGUCCGGUUGGGUCUCCGUUCCCUUCCGUCACCCUUCCACGUUCGAGACUCUCGCGCUUGAACCCGACAUGAAGCAGCAGAUAACGGAAGACUUGACGGCGUUCGCCGACGGGAAAGACUACUAUCACCGGGUUGGGCGAUCGUGGAAGCGUGGGUACUUGUUAUUUGGGCCUCCAGGAUCCGGAAAGUCCAGCUUGAUUGCGGCUAUGGCGAAUUACUUGUGUUACGACGUGUAUGAUCUGGAGCUCACCAAGGUUUCGGAUAAUUCGGAGCUUCGAGCUUUGCUUAUCCAAACCACAAACCGCUCCAUCAUCGUGAUAGAAGACAUCGACUGCUCCCUUGAUCUGACGGCUGACCGUAACUCGAAGACCAAGAAAUCGACGGCAGUGGAUAAUCGGAACCGUACACGUGGCGACGAUGGAGAGGAAAGCGGACGGGUAACGCUUUCGGGUCUGUUGAACUUCACGGACGGGCUAUGGUCGUGCUGUGGGGAGGAGAGGAUCAUAGUUUUCACGACAAACCACAGGGACGAUGUCGAUCCGGCGCUCGUUAGAUGCGGGCGCAUGGACGUCCACGUCAAACUCGGCACGUGUGGGGUCCAUGCGUUCAAGUCCCUAGCGAUGAACUACCUGGGCUUGGAGACACACGAGCAGUUCGACGUGGUGGAGAGUUGCAUAAGGGCGGGUGGGUCCCUCACCCCAGCAGAGAUCGGCGAGAUCAUGUUGAGGAACAGAAGAGAUGCUGACGUGGCUAUUAAAGCUGUUAUAUCGGCGCUACAGGUUAGCAUUCUGAGCGGUGAACGAGAUCCGCCGGCGGAACCGGAAGAGAGGCCGACCACGCCAGAGGCGGAGAGCAUCGAUCGAAUGUUGGAUUCGCCGUCGCCAGAGAAUUGGGAAUCAUCGCCGGGGAAAUUUGGGGUGAAGAGGAGGAAAGAGGGGUCCACUUGGGAGAAGAAAGUGAAGUUCUUGGUGAGGCUCAAAUCGUUGACCAAGUCUGACUCAGGGGGAAGAGGUGUAUAAUAAUUGUAAAUUCUAAUCUACGUUCAAUUUACCUAUGAA